AUGUUGACAGACUUUGGGUUCCAAGAGUUUGGUCUCGCUUUGUGUUUCUUGCUGUCAGCAUGUUCAGUGACUUUUUGUUUUAUGAUGAGCCUCAAGACUACUCACCUGGAGGACAGAGUGCGUGUUCUGGAGAUGGAACGAGUCUCUUCUCUCCAUUCUUUAUCUGGGGCGCUCGAGGUAAAUGGGACGCUAAGGGAUGCCAUUGAAAAAGUUGUUCAAGGGAAACUCAAAACUACCUUUACGAAAAUUCGAACAUCAAGGGAAGCAGUGCAAGAAUGCUCCUGUCCACCAGGACCUCCUGGGAAACGAGGGAGAAAAGGCAAUCCUGGAAUUCCUGGCACUCCCGGACGUGACGGAUAUCCGGGCCCGUUGGGCAUGGACGGUAAGCCUGGUCUCCCGGGUAUUAAGGGAAGCCAGGGAUUUCCAGGCCCAAAAGGAGAUAAGGGUGACCAAGGAGACAUGGGACCCAGGGGACCUCCCGCGUACCCUAACUCCGCAGGCCUGCUCAGUAAUCAGAUCCUCACUGUGAAGGGUGAUCAGGGUCAGGCAGGACCUCCUGGCCCUCCAGGGAUUCCAGGUCCUCCAGGUCCCAGAGGGCCUCCCGGAAACACAGGGAGAGAUGGGCCCCAGGGUCCCCCAGGAGAGCCAGGCAUGCCCGGAAAAGAUGGCGUUGAGGGACCACCAGGGCCUCCUGGCACACCCGGGGAGACUGGAGCCGAUGGCCUGCCCGGACCGCAGGGCUCUCCUGGAGUUAAGGGAGGGCAAGGUGAUGAGGGACAGAGAGGAAUGGAUGGAAAUCCUGGGAUGAAGGGAGAGAAAGGAGAUGUAGGAGACGCAGGCCCUCCGUGUUCCCCUGGUCCACCAGGCCCACCUGGAGAACAAGGUCCAAAGGGAGAUACUGGUUUGCCUGGCUUACCUGGACUUGAAGGGAGAGAGGGCCUUAAAGGGGAGAAAGGUGAUGUUGGAGAGCAAGGAGUCAUGGGAGAGAAAGGAGAGAGAGGAGAGAUUGGACUGCCUGGGACAUCUGGAUCUGACGGACAGAAAGGAGAGAAGGGGGACUCGAGGAUUGAGGACAGUCUGGCGCAGAUAAUCUCUCUGCCUGGACCCCCAGGGCCCCCUGGCCCUCCAGGGCCUCAGGGUGCUAUGGGACAUCAUGGAAUGCCUGGGCCUAAGGGAGAACCAGGUGAAGUGGUGAGAGGAGAGAAAGGAGACAUGGGAGAGAGAGGUCCACCUGGACCAAGGGGUCUUCAGGGUUUUCCGGGCUCAGCAGGAUUGGUUGGCCUGCCAGGAGCAAAAGGUGAAAAGGGAAAGCAAGGGGAACCUGGACUGGACGGUUUUCCGGGACUACAAGGGGAAAAAGGGAGCAGGGGAGAGAAAGGAGAGAAGGGUGAAAGAGGCUUACAGGGAAAGAAGGGCUUUAAAGGCCAAAAAGGGGAGCAAGGACCUCCUGGACUGGACCAACCAUGUCCUGUGGGGAGAGAUGGACUGCCCAUACCAGGGUGUUGGCAUAAGGUUUGUAUAAUGUGUGUUUUAUACAUUGUUCAGUAA